AUGCUGCCAACACAACUUGUAAAAUUUACAGAAUCAUAUCCAGCUAAUAUGAACGAUUCACGAAUCAUUUUAAACGUGGGCGGAACACGGUUUGAAACGCAACGCGCAACGUUAAAGAAAUUACCAGCGACAAGAUUGUCAAAAUUAACUCCUCAAUUGUCAUUUUAUGACCCCAUUUUAAACGAAUACUUCUUCGAUCGACAUCCAGGCGCUUUUUCGCAAAUACUCAACUAUUAUCGUACAGGAAGAUUACAUUAUCCGACAAAUGUCUGUGGACCUUUGUUCGAAGAUGAACUCUCCUUUUGGGGAAUACAACGCGAAGAAGUUGAACCCUGUUGUUGGAUGACCUAUACGAAGCAUCGAUCGACUCAAGAAACCUUGCAAGUAUUGGAUUCUUUAGAACUAGAUACCGUUCGUUCCACGACGGACGACAUUGUAAAAAAGUUCGGUUGGGAAGAUGAUUUUGAUUUGAUUACUAGCGGUCAUCUAUCAAAUCGAAAACGUCUGAAAGGUAUUAUCUGGCAACUAUUCGAAGAACCAAGAUCAUCAUUAGUAUCUAAGAUCAUUGCCGUUAUAUCGAUGUUUUUCAUUAUACUUUCCAUCGCUGCGUUUGUCCUUCGCACUUUGCCCGCAUUUGAAAUUGCUGAAUUUACCUUGGUGAAUGUGACGAUUGGAUACAAUCGAACUAAACAAGCGAUUAUAUCGAAUACACAACAGCGAAAAAUUAUCUCUUCAUUUGAUACAAUCGAGUGGAUUUGUAAUUCUUGGUUCAUAUUCGAAAUCACGCUAAGAUUUUUAGUUACACCAUCGAAACGAAGCUUUUGUUCAUCUAUUUUGAAUUGGAUUGAUUUUCUCGGUACAUUCUGGUUUAUUUUAACCUACAUUCUCUACGAAACAUUUUAUUUUCACGGUUACAAUGCAGCGCUCGAUCUUGUCUCGACUAUUCGUGUUGCCCGUAUGUUCAAAUUAUGUAACCUUCAUCCACGUCUAAAAGUGAUCAUCACAUCCAUGUCAUAUUCAUCGAGUGUUUUAAGUUUAUUGAUCUUUUUCUUCUUUCUCGCGGUCAUGGUUGCCGGUGCAUCAUUGUACUACAUCGAACGUUUAAGUAAUAUCAAAGAUAAUCAGUUAAUAUCCAUCGUUGAAGGUGUAUCACUGGCUAUAAGCACGAUCAGCACACUAGGUGUGGGCGAGGUUGUACCAAAAUCGCUGAGCGGAAUGAUUUUCGGUGCAAUAACGACGGUUGUUGGUGUCUUGAUCAUUGAUUUGCCAAUGCCAAUCAUCGUUGAAACAUUUGCUAAUUUCAAUUCACAUUUACAAACGCGUCAGCAAUUGCCCAAACAACGGCGACGAGUUACACCGGCAGUCAUACCAAGGAAAAUCAAGCCAUUAAUACCACCUAAUGGACAUGUUCGUUACUGA